AUGGUGACUGUGGUGUUCAUGGUUCUUGUGGUGGUGUUUCCUCAUGUGGUGUGCAAAGCACACAAUGUUAUGUGUGCUGCGAAUGAUCUUGUUCAUGUUCCACAUGAGUGGCACCAGCCAGGUGAAAUUCUAAUUGGUGGGAUUGUGUCUUAUAUCUAUUAUCUUGUACCUGGCGUUGACUUCAAGAAACCCCCAUCUCAGGAGCAGAUUGAUGUUCCACUCGUGGUGACAAAAUUCUAUCAGCACAUCCUGGCUUUGGUGUUUGCCGUCCACGAAAUCAAUAAAAACCCCAAGCUUUUGCCAAAUAUCACUAUUGGAUUCCAUAUUUAUGACAGCUACUAUGAUGCGGGGAUAACAUAUCGUACAACGUUGGGCCUGCUCUUCCAGUCACGUAGGUUUGUCCCUAACUACAAAUGUGGCACACAGGGGAAUUUAAUGGGAGUCAUUGGUGGUCUGGAUUCUGAUACCUCUUCACACAUGUCAGACAUCUUAGGCCUGUACAAGAUUCCACAGCUUUCAUAUGGCUCAUUCCAACGAGUCGUGAAUGAGCAAACCGAUCUUCCUUCUUUUUACCGCAUGGUCCCUAAUGAGGAGCUUCAGUACCAAGGAAUUAUUCAUUUACUUCUGCAUUUUGGAUGGAAAUGGGUUGGAAUAAUGAUUUUGGAUGAUGACAAUGGAGAGCAUUUCUUGAAGACUUUGGAGCCCAUGUUUUCCCAGAGCGGGAUCUGUUCAGCUUUCACCAACAGAGCUCCAGAUGAAAUGCGUUUCCAGAACCUUGCUGAAAUGAAUGAUUACAUUUUGAAUAGCAUUAGAAGUUUCAGAAAAACCAAAGCAAAUGCAGUGCUUAUAUAUGGUAAAACAGCAAUUAUUAGAUGGUUGGCAGCCAUUCUGUGGUGGAAAAAGUUAUUGCCUUUAAGCGAUCUUCAAUAUACAGAAUAUAUGACUCCUGGAAAGGUAUGGAUUACAACAGCUCAAAUUGAUUUUGCAUUCUUUGUAUUGCAAAGAGCUUGGGAUGUUCAAAUGUUUCAUGGAGCAGUUUCAUUUACAGUUCACUCAAAUGAACAUAUUGGCUUCCAAAAUUUUAUUCAGUUUAUAAACCCUUCCAGUUCAACAGAAGAUGGCUUUAUCAAAGAUUUCUGGGAACAAGCAUUUGAUUGUUUAAUGCAAGAUGUUGAUGAAUCCUGUACCGGGGAGGAGAGAUUGGAGAGCCUUCCUGGACCUUUUUUCGAAAUGAGCAUGACAGGCCACAGCUACAGUAUCUAUAAUUCUGUCUAUGCUGUGGCACAUGCCUUACAUAGAAUUUCUACAUCUGAAUCCAAAGACAAAACACUGAAGAAUAAGGAUGGAAUAGAUCCCCUGAAUGUGGAACCUUGGCAGCUCCAUUCAUGGCUUCAGAGGAUCUCAUUCAACAACAGUGCUGCAGAUGAAAUCAUGUUUAACAAACAUGGAGAAUUAUCAUCUGGGUUCGAUAUUACAAGCUUGGCCACUUUCCCAAAUAACUCCUAUGCCAGAGUCAGAGUGGGAAGACUAGAUCCUCAAGACCUUAAAGGAGCUGUAUUAUCCAUUAAUGAAGACAGAAUUGAAUGGCACAGAGAUUUGACUCAGGUGCCUCCCUUCUCCUUAUGUAAUGAGAACUGCCUGCCUGGUUACAGCAGGAAAGUGAUCGAGGGGGAGAAAUUUUGCUGCUACAUUUGCGCUUCAUGUCCAGAAGGGAUGUUCUCAAACAAGAAAGACAUGGAUUAUUGUAUCAAUUGCCCAGGAGAUCACAUUCCAAACAAGGGACAAGAUAAAUGCAUCCCCAAGACACACAACUUCCUCACUUUUGACGAACCUUUAGGCAUUACUCUAGUUUCUUUGGCUGUUCUUUUUUCUCUGAUGACAGCUAUGGUACUUGGAAUCUUCAUUAAGCACAGGGACACUCCCAUCGUCAAAGCCAACAACCGGAGCCUCACCUACUUUCUUCUCAUUUCUCUCCUUCUUUGUUUCCUCUCUGCUUUGCUCUUCAUUGGAAAGCCUCAGAAGGGGACAUGCCUGCUCCGACAAACAGCUUUUGGAGUCAUCUUCUCCAUUGCUAUUUCUUCUGUUUUGGCCAAAACCAUUACAGUGAUUGUGGCUUUUAUGGCCUCCCAGCCAGGAAACAUUUUCCGGAAAUGGGUGGGGAAAAGAUUGGCAUAUUCUCUUGUCUUGGCUUGCUCUCUCCCUCAGUUUGUCAUUUGUGUUAUUUGGUUGUGUACCUUCCCCCCAUUCCCAGAUCUGGACAUGAACUCACUAACUGGAGAAAUCAUCGUGGAAUGUAAUGAAGGGUCACUUUUCAUGUUCUACUGUGUCCUGGGGUACAUGGGAAUUAUGGCAACCAUCAGCUUCACCAUGGCUUUCCUAGCGAGGAGGUUGCCAGACAGUUUCAAUGAAGCCAAGUUCAUCACCUUCAGCAUGUUGGUUUUUUGCAGUGUUUGGCUGUCCUUUGUGCCAACCUACUUGAGCACAAAAGGAAAAUACAUGGUGGCUGUUGAGAUCUUCUCCAUCUUGGCUUCUAGUGCUGGGUUACUAGGUUGCAUAUUUUCCCCCAAAUGUUAUAUUAUUAUAUUGAGGUCUGAAUUGAACAAAAGGGAACAGCUAAUAAGAAGAAAGCAAACAAAUCAAAUAGGUUCUAUCCAGAGCUAG